AUGCCAGUUCGAAAUUGUUGCCUAGGAUGCCAAGGACCCAUGCCUGGACCGUGUGGACCUGUAUCUUUUCGCAUGGACGCGUGUAUGGGACCAUGUUGUGUACACGCUAUAGGCGCUAAUUGUAGAUCGCCUUGCGGAGAACUUGGAUGUAUACACGGAGCUCGUGGUGGCUUUGCGGGGUCGUACUAUUCCUGCGGUCACGGCUGUGUCGGCGGCUGCACCAACGGACUGUGCGCCUCGUGCUGCGGUCCCGCUUGUAAU